UGGGGGGAAGGUGAAGUUUAGACAGAGCGGAAAAAUGGCGAGAGGUGCCCGGUGUUUGCGGAGAGCCGUGGCCGAGUGUAUUAAACAGUUGCCGUCCACAGCCACUCGCGAAACCUCGAGAAAGAAUGGCGUGAGGUACUUGUCCUCAUGUGGGAUUCUGAUGACCAGGGUGCCACUGCUGGUAACAGCAUUACCUGCUCGUGCUGCAGUCUCUCAAUCCAGAAACUUUUUCAACCUCGUUGACUCUUUCAACAAGAGGAAAGAAUACUCUGAGAGACGUGUCAUCGGGUAUUCCAUGCAGGAAAUGUAUGAAGUGGUGGCCAGGGUAGAGGACUAUCUUUUGUUUGUGCCCUGGUGCAAAAAGUCAGACGUGGUAUUCCGACGCACUGGUUUCUGUAAGGCAAAGCUUGCUGUGGGUUUUCCUCCUGUGGUGGAAAACUAUACAUCCCUUGUUACAACUGUGCGCCCACAUUUGGUCAAGGCUUCAUGCUCGGAUGGUAAACUCUUCAACCACCUCGAGACAGUGUGGCGUUUUAGUCCGGGCCUUCCUGGAUAUCCUCGUACAUGUACUCUGGACUUUGCUAUUUCGUUCGAGUUCCGUUCCCUCCUGCAUUCUCAACUGGCCACCGUGUUUUUCGAUGAAGUUGUUAAACAGAUGGUGUCUGCGUUUGAGCGGCGCGCCUGCAAACUGUAUGGCCCCGAGACAGAGAUCCCGCGAGAGCUCAUGUUCCACGAGGUCCACCACACGUAGCCUUUCUCUGCACUGUGGGGUCGUCAAGACGGGAGGGCAUUCUGGGGUUCCAGGAAGGGUUUUAUUGCGUGUGGGGGGGUGAGCCUUAUAGAGACAACUUCAUGUGCCUCUGCAACUA